GUUAUAAUACCCCUCUUGCCAACCAUCACUUCAACUUCAGACAAUUAGCAAGCCAUAUCGCUUCCUCUCCCUGUCUUCCUACAUCUCUGUUUCUAAUCCUUUCCAUCUCUGGGAACGUCCAGAGGUGGUAGAUAAAGAAGUUGCAACCUCCAUGACCUCUCCGCUUAUACAUCUUUGCACCCAAACUUCUGUAGAGUCAGAGCUUGAGAGAGAGUAGCAGCAGGCCAGCAGCAGCGAUGGAAGAGUUCACAUUCCCCACCGUCCCGUUUGAGCACUGCAACGCCGCCAAGAAGGUCCCCUCCCCUCACUUCGCCUCCCCGUCGCCGUGGCUCGUCGUCCCCGGCGGCGUUGUGGACACGGCCGUGCACGAGCACGAUCACCGGAGGAGCUUCUCGGCCGUGGAGCAGCAAACCCCCGGCAGCGACGACCACCACCACCUGGGAGGCUACGACGGCCAACACCACGGCUCGGCGAGGUUCGCCGUGGAGGACAAGAUGGAUAUGCUGUGGGAGGACUUCAACGAGGAGCUCGCCCGGGCCGCGCAGCCGUGCCCGCUGACCAAGGGGACGCCGUCGUGGGCGGCGACGAAAGAGCCCUGGUUCGCUGGCGACGGCUACGAAGGCGCCGGCGAGACGCGGAAGCACGCCGUCGUCCGGAGGCGAAGGAUGGGCCUGCUCAUGAUGCUGAGGCUGCUCAAGAAGCUGUUCCUGGCGCACAAAUCCGGCGGCGCCCCGUCGAGGAAGGCGCCGCCGAUCUGAUGCAGCUGAAGAAUCGAGUCUUCGAGUGUGCAUGGAUGAUGAUGUAUCAGGUGUACAUACGAGAGCGAUCGAUUCAUCAAUACAUGUUUGAUGUUUCUCUCGCUAGCAAAGGACCAAGAACUUGGUUCACAGCUGUCAGUGGCAAUGGCUUUUUGCUGAUGAAUAUUCUUGUUUCUCUGUUA